GAAACUACGGUUCCCCGAAGGCGUAGCGGCUGCCUGGCCGCGGAGCCUCAUGGGACAGAGAGUUUUACGGACGACAGCCUAGGGCUUAGGCGGCGAGGCUGAACGUCCUGCGGCCAAGGGCGCCGGGCGAUGGAACUGGAGCAGAGAGAGGGGACGAUGGCAGCUGUGGGCUUCGAAGAGUUCUCGGCGCCGCCGGGCUCCGAGCUGGCCCUGCCUCCGCUGUUCGGUGGUCACAUCCUAGAGAGUGAGCUGGAGACCGAAGUAGAGUUUGUGGCUGGGGGUUUGGGCGGUUCGGGACUCCGGGAACGAGAGGAAGAGGAAGAGGCUGCCCGAGGCCGGCGGCGACGCCAGCGGGAACUAAAUCGCAGGAAGUACCAAGCACUAGGUCGGCGCUGCCGGGAGAUCGAACAGGUGAAUGAGCGGGUCUUGAACCGGCUCCACCAGGUCCAGAGGAUCACUCGGAGGUUGCAGCAGGAACGCAGGUUCCUCAUGAGGGUGCUGGACUCCUAUGGCGAUGACUACCGGGCUGGCCAGCUCACCAUUGUGCUAGAGGAUGAGGGCAGUCAGGGCGCGGAUGCGCCCACGCCCGGCAACACUGAGAACGAGCCUCCAGAGAAGGGGGGGCUGUCGCCUCCCGGGAGGACACCAGCGCCUCCCGAGGCUGGCAGCCCGGCCCCAGGCGAGGGGCCCAGUGGGCGAAAGAGGCGGCGAGCUCCCCGGGAUGGACGCCGAGCAGAAGCCGUGCUGACGCCAGAGCUGGCUCCCGUGCAGAUAAAGGUCGAGGAAGACUUCGGCUUUGAAGCAGACGAGGCCCUGGAUUCCAGCUGGGUUUCUCGGGGGCCAGACAAACUGCUGCCCUACCCCACCCUAGCCAGCUCUCCCUUUGACUGACCCCCAAUAAACUCACCC